AUGAUCAUUGGGUUGUUCAUCGCCAUGCUUAUAAAUCCAUUCAGACCUUGUGAAGGCUCGCCAACCUUCCAAGAGCAAUAUUACAAAAGUGCCUUCAAGCCAAGAUUCGUCGAUGCCUGGCACGGUCCCCAGAUUGUAGCGCCUGAUACCCCCUACGUCGCAGCAGUCAGCAAAAACAGCCUGUAUUUUAUUGAUACCCGUUUCGACUCUGAUACUGCGAAGCAUAUCAAAAAACAAAUCGAGUGGGCUACAGUUCCAGGUGGUGCUAACCACGUCAUCAACAUUGAUGAGCUUUCUGCCACGGCAGAGGUCAAAGACACUGCCACAGGCGAGACGCUGUUCGUCUUCGACCCCCCUUACGCCCGAGUGCUAUUCGCGAAGGGUAUCAACAGACGUAACCCGGCACUCAGGCUGCCUGAACAUGAGCCAGCCGGCGAAUGGUUGGUGACCUACGACCACAACAGCUUGACGGCGAGAGAUUCAUGCUACGACUACGGCUGCAGUAACAAUCAGGACUGCGAACGUCAGACGAACAAUAAUUGCGAUGUCUGCCAUAACUACAGAGUUGACAACGAGUGUGACAAGGCGCUAACCAACGCCAUCGGCGUGUGCCGGCCGCUCUGUAGCAAGAAGACGGACGUGCCAAAGGAAGAGGGAGAGGAUGACAUCACUUACUACAAACGAAUGGACGACUUGCACUGGAAGUAA